AAUGAGUGGAAAAUUUUAUUCUAAACAUAAAAAAUUAAAAAAAACUGGUACAAAUAAAAAGAGAGGGGUGUGUGGUGGCGCGAAGAUGCCGGGAGAAGACAGAGCUGGGGAAGAAGCUCGAAGCCGGGAAGGAUGGUCUCUUGUUUCAAAGGCCGUAGCGCCUCCGGUUCUCCGCCACUAUCCACGCCUCCGGAUUUUUGGGGUUUCUGCCCUCAAUGUGCUGUACCAGAGCUUGGAUUCUUCAUCCAGAGAGAACCUAGAUGCGUGGACGUCAAACGGUGGUGAUCCUUGUGGGGAUUCUUGGAAGGGUAUCUCGUGUUCAGGCUCAGACUUAUCUGAUAAUGCUUUUGUAUUGAAAAUUGCUUACAGUGAUUUAUCUGAGAUGGAUCUAUCUGGAUCACUGGGCUAUGCGCUUGAUAAGUUGGACAAAGUCACCUACUUAGACCUUUCAAGCAAUAAAUUUACAGGAAGUGUGCCUUAUUCAAUUUCUCAGAUGUCUGACCUCACUUACUUGGAUCUUUCCUUCAAUUCAUUGUCUGGUGCUUUGCCGCAGAGCUUCAAGUCCCUCUCAAGCCUCAACGUAUUGUUGUUACAGAACAACAAAUUUACCGGAUCAAUAAAUGUUCUUGCUGAACUCCCUCUUCAAGAUCUGAAUGUAGGAAACAACCAAUUUACAGGAUGGGUUCCGGAAGAGUUAAAAAGCAUUAAUAAUAUUGAGACCGGAGGAAAUUCUUGGUCUUCUGGACCAGCUCCUCCACCUCCUGGGCAGAAACUAGACAAGGAAUCAAAGGAGAAGGAGAGAUCUGGCUUGAGUGGAAUGGCAGUUGCCGGGAUAAUUAUGGGUGUUUUGCUGUUUAUUAGCAUUAUAAUUGCUCUAUUUUCUAAAAGAUCUUCACCAACUUCCAUACAUUAUUUUGAAGAUGAUAAGCUUAGCCAACACGGGCCAAUUUCUCCACUUUCAUCUCAGGAAUCAUCCAUUAACAUGUUCCCUGAUAUGCACAAGGGAUUCAGAGAAAUUAGAUCUUCAAAUGCUUCAUCCACGAUCUCAGUAAAAACUUCACAAACGUCUGCUUCAAUGGGCCGUAAGCCUUCAGAUCACCUCAAGUCUUUCAACGGAAAGGAGUUACCUGACCUUUUGAAUGUUGAAAUAGGUGGUUCAGUUCAGGCCACAUAUUAUUCUUUGGCCGAUUUGCAAAGUGUCACCGGAAAUUUUGCAAAUGGCCGUCUUCUUGGGGAGGGAUCAAUUGGUAGAGUAUACAGGGCAAAGUUUCGAGACGGGAGGGUUCUGGCAGUAAAGAAGAUAGACUCAUCUCAUUUUAGAGGUGGUAGGGGUGCAGAUUUCUCAGAAAUAGUUGCAAACAUCUCCAAGCUUCACCACCCAAAUAUUGCUGAAAUUGUUGGUUACUGCUCAGAACAGGGACAAAACAUGUUGCUCUAUGACUAUUUUAGGAAUGGUUCGCUUCACGAAUUCCUACACUUGUCGGAUGACUUCAGCAAACCACUUACCUGGAACACAAGAGUCAGAAUUGCUUUAGGCACAGCUCGUGCUGUCGAGUUUCUGCAUGAGGUUUGCUCACCUCCCUGCAUUCACAAGGGCAUAAAGUCGUCAAAUAUUUUGCUUGACACUGAACUAAAUCCUCAUCUCUCUGAAUGUGGCAUGGAAAGCCUUUAUGAGAGUACAAGCCAAAACUUGGGAACCGGAUAUAAGCCUCCUGAAUGCUCAAAACCUUCAGAUUACACGAUGAAGAGUGAUGUGUAUAGUUUCGGGGUCGUCAUGUUAGAGUUGUUAACCGGACGAAAGCCACAUGACAGUUCAAAGCCAAGAACAGAACAGGCUCUGGUGAGAUGGGCAUACCCGCAGCUUCAUGACAUUGAUGCCCUGGAAAAAAUGGUGGAUCCGGCACUUAGAGGACUAUACCCUCCCAAGGCAAUCUCUCGGUUUGCAGAUAUUGUUGCUCUCUGUGUUCAGCCUGAACCAGAAUUUCGACCACCAGUAUCUGAAGUGGUGGAAGCACUUCUCCGAUUGGUUCAAAGAUCGAAUGUGGGCCAGCGGGAGGAUCCUAAUGCUUCUUGUAGAACAGAUGGCUCUGAUUUUUGAGGGAUACCCACCGGGUUUUUUCGAGUAGAAAAAUUCAGAUUCNCAGAUUCGAGAAGUUACAGGCCAAAUUAGACAAAAUGGUUUGGAUAUUAUUGAUCCUCGUCUCAAGACGAAGAGAAUGACAUUGGUCCCGCCGGAAUCGGAAAAAGUUCAUUUUCCGGCGACUUUGACCGGCGGGCGGCGGCGGCGGGACGUGGAAGAAAAGAAAAGAAGAAAUGGGGUCAAAUUGAAAAUUUUAAAAUAUAUAAAAUUCGAAUUU